AAAUCAGCUAAAUGUAGUGAAGUUGUUGUUAGUUAAUUGCUACUAGCAACCACUGAGCUGUAAUAAGAACUAGCAACUCUAUAUUUAGGAGAGACAUGCCGCACAUUUGCUAGAGCAACAGCCGCGAGAAAAAGAAACAACCAGGGAGGAGUUAAGCGUAUUCUGCUGCUACGCAACUACAUCAAACUGUGGAACGGUAGAAACCGACAUCGUUAAAACAGCGUCAUUGAUUGGUCAAUGGUUGCUCUCGGCUCAAUCAGCGCCAAGUUUGUUAAACUUGGAACUUUGGGUCUGGUUUUUCUCUAUUCCGUUUGAAAAUAUGUCGACAAAGAGCAGUAUUGGCAACACGGAGUACAUGAAAAGGAGAAUACCUCAGAACCCCAAAUAUCAACAUGUGAGGACAAGGCUUGACACAGGAUGCAGCCUGACGAAGUAUGUGGAGAGGCUGGAGGAGAUAAAGAAAAAUUACAGGUACAGAAAGGAUGAACUCUUCAAAAGGCUUAAAGUUACAACAUUUGCACAGUUGGUAAUUCAGGUAGCAUCGGUUUCGGACCUGAAUGAAAGUGUGAGUGAUGGAGAAACACCAAGGCUGGAAGCCGACAUGGAGCGUCUGUCUGAGCAGACCAACGGUUCCCCCCUGCCUACGCCCACACCUGCUCAGUUCUUCGACAACAACAAUGACGCAGGGGACGCUGGCUACUCCCCCAGGUCGACACUUCAAAGUGUAAUAAGCGGGGUGGGAGAGCUGGAUCUGGAUAAGAACGGUCAGAAGACAGUGACUCUGACAACCGUGUCCAGCCCUCGGCUUCCAGAUGGACCCUACCCAGACUGUCCCUACCUGCUGCUGGACGUCAGGGACAGAGAGCAGUACGACCAGUGUCACAUCAUCAGCGCAUACAGUUACCCCAUCGCAACCCUCUCAAGAACAAUGAAUCCCUACACCAAGGAGGUGCUGGAUUAUAAAAAUGUUUCUGGUAAGAUCAUCAUGGUAUAUGAUGAGGAUGAGAGGAUAGCUGCCCAGGCAGCCACUGCCAUGUGUGAACGGGGCUUCCAGAACCUCUUCAUGCUAUCUGGAGGCCUGAAGGUGAUUGCGCAGAAGUUUCCAGAGGGGAUGACAACAGGCACCAUCCCGGCAUCGUGCCUCCCGUCUCCCAAGGUGACAGUGGGCAGGAAGCGCUACACCCACAGGCAGGUUUUCAUGCCAGCCGAUAGGAAGUGGAGGUUCACUUCAGACGACUUGGCCAACAUCCAGGCACACUUGGAGGAGAUGCUCGUUCCCUCGGACACCAACAGUAAGGCACAUUUAACAGCUAACAGGCUCACAGAAAAGACCGUUCAGACUCCAACGGGAAGGCUAUGCCAACAGCUAACUGACUCCAACAGGAAAGCAUCACUCCCUGAUCUGUUGCUUUGGGUAGUAACAACAACCUACCAGUAGAUGGUGGUAAAAUGUAGAAAAAGCAAACAGCUGGGAUGGACCUUUGGUAGCCCCCUCCCACACACACACCUUGUGCAACAUUUUAGUGGCCCCCCUCUUGAUGGUGAAUAGAAAUAUACAAUUUAAAGAUAAUUUCCUGCAAUUCUACACGUUUUGCCAUGAAUUAUGCCAUGUAAUAUGGUAUAUGAAUGACAAUGACUAACAAAAUCAACAGGGGGCCCCUGAGGGCAGGGCACUGCCCUGUGUUUAGAUAGUCUAGUCAGCUAACUACCAAUAUAAAAAUUGGCUAAUUUAGUGA